AUGCCCCAUGGGACACGAGCUCCUGGAGAUGGCAUCACCGGGGGAUAUACAGGCGAUAGCCUGGCGAUGAAAAUCACCAUGGCGACUCUGGCGGGAAUCACCUGGUACAAUGCCAUCGAGCUCGUCGUUCUCGUCUUCGUCACCUUUAGCAAGUAUCAUGGCACCUACUUCUGGAGCUUGCUCAUUUCCUCGUCCAUUGGGCUCCUCCCCUACUCGAUCGGCUUUCUCCUCAAGUUCUUCCAGUUGACCGACCAGACCUGGCUGUCCGUCACCUUCAUCACCAUCGGCUGGUGGUGCAUGGUCACCGGCCAGUCCAUCGUCCUCUACUCGCGCCUGCAUCUGGUCGUGCGCAACCCACGCAUCCUGCGCCGCGUCCUCACCAUGAUCCUCGUCGAUGCUGUCAUCUUCCACGUCCCCACCACCGUGCUGACCUACGGCUCCAACAUGGCCGGCCCCGCCGCCGCCGCGGCCUACAUCCGCGGCUACAACGUGAUGGAAAAGAUCCAGAUGACCGGCUUCUGUCUGCAGGAACUCAUCAUCUCGGCCCUCUACAUCUGGGAAACCAUCCGCAUGCUGCGCCUCGACCCGGACCGCGGCAAGCGCAAGAUCAUGUACCAGCUCGUCGCCAUCAACCUCAUCAUCAUCGUCAUGGACCUCGGCCUGCUCGUCGUCGAGUACAUGAACAAGUACAUCAUGGAGACCAUGCUCAAGGGCGUCAUCUACAGCAUCAAGCUCAAGCUCGAGUUCGCCGUCCUCGGUAAACUCGUCUACCUCGUCCACAACCAUGUCUGGAAAUCGGACCCGAUCGGCGUCGACAACUGCCACCUCCACCACCCUCACACCACCAGCUACUCCCACCCCGAAUACCACUUCCCCGACUUCGUCGACGCAACCCGCGUCACAUCCGACCUCACGCACGCUAUUGCCCCCGCAUCCGCCUCCGCAAACGCCGGCCGCCGCUCCCACCCCUGGAUGGACUCGGACGACAUCUCCAUCGCCAUGUUCGAGCACUCGGAGAACGCACCCCCCUCGAUCCCAGACCAGGCGACCGGCCACUCCGAGAUCUCGCAGUCUUGGAGCGGCGAGACCCAGCGCGACGUGAGUCCGCUCGAUUUCACGGGUUCGCUGCAUAAACAGCAAAAUAGCAUCAGUGGGCCAGCGCCCGAUAAACCGGGUUGA